UUAAUUAUAGUUGUAUACUUGCAUCAGACAUUCGAUUCCCGCUUCGUUCCCACUCUCUUUCUCUCCUUCUCUACCUACUGGCGCCGCUCGAUCCUACUGCGCCUCCUCCUUACUCGGUCCUUUUCCUCAUUUACUCACCCCUCUCACUUCUCUCUUGUUUCUUUGAUCAAGCUUUGCACUGCCGUCUCGCCGCCGUCGAUUCUCCUCACUGAACCUCAUAGACAGCACGCCUCCAGCAGAACUUACUCAAUAUAGGUUCCUCAGUCGCCGGAACUGUUGAUUGAAGUCCGUUUGAAUUCUUAAAGUUCUAAUUUCUGGUAAAACUAAAACUAAAAAAGCAGCAAAUUCAGGAGUAAGCAAAGGGUUGUUGUCAUAUUUUAAGGAAAAUGGGGAAGCUUGGGAAGAAAGCGAGGAAAUUUGCCAAGAAGAAUCUUCAGUCGGUGCUGAAGAGAAAGCGGAAGCUCAAGUCUAUGUUCAAAAAGAAAGCUGCUAAGAAGGAUGAGCAGCGUGAAGCUGAGGACCCAGAAGGAUACAGAACAGAACUGCAUAGUGGAAGAGAUUCUCAAGUUGAAGAUAUUAAAGAAAUUUCCCUUGAUGCCAUAUUUAGUGAAGAUGAGAUUGAUGCAGUUGAAGAUGAUUUUGACAGUGAUGGAUAUCUAUCAGAGGAUGGAAGUUGUGCAGAGGUGGGUGAAACUGAAAGCGCAAGUAAUCUAGUAGACAACAAUAGUGAAGGUGCUUUGUCAGUUCAGAAUAGGGAAAUCCAUUUAGAAAUUUUGAAGAAAAUGAAAAAAUUGGACAGAUUGAAGAAAAAGGAUCCAGACUUUUGUAAGUUUUUGGAUAGCAACAAGAAUCGUCUUAAAGUAUUCAGGGAUGAAGAAAAUGAGUUUUCUGAUGAAGAUGAGUCUAGUGAUGAUGAUAGAGAGUUGGUGGAUGAAAAUGGCACGAAAACAGAAGUGAGCAUGCUGUUGAAUAGUUCUGCGGUUGAUUCAUUGUGUCAAUUGGUUAAGGAGCAGCAGAAUGUGUCUGCCCUUAUAAGACUAUUAAAUGGCUACAGGGCUGCAUGCCACUAUGGAACUGAGUCAUGCGGUGCUCUUAAAGAUGGCUUAACUCUAAGCAAUACUUUGAUGUUUGUGCUUCAUGAGGCUGAUAAUGUAUUCCGUAAAAUGCUGGGCAUACCAUGCUCAAAUGAAAGAAAGGAGAUGAUUUUGGGAUUCAAGGAUACUUCAAAAUGGAAAAAACUAAAGCCACUGAUAAAGUCUUAUUUGAGGAGUACACUAUUUUUCCUAAAUGAGGUUUCUGACUCUGUUAUAUUGGUCUUCGCAUUAACACGACUCAGAGCCUCAAUAAUAUUUUUUGCUGCUUUCCCUCCUUUAUUGCAAAGACUCAUCAAGACAUCAAUUCAUUUGUGGGCAACUGGUGAAGGAACUCUGUCGCUGCACUCUUUUCUCAUAAUUAAAGAGGUGGCUUCUGUAUUCAACUCCGAUUACUUUGACACCUGCUUUGUUAAAGCAUACAAGGCUUUUAUUAGUCGCUGCAAGUUUGUGGAGCCAGGUUUAUUUGAGCACAUACUAUUUUUGAAGAAUUCUUUUGUUGAGCUAUGCUCUCUAGAUGUACAGAAAGCAUUGAGUAAGGCAGCAGUUUCUAUUCAACAGCUUGCUAAGAUAUUACAUCUGGGCCUAAGAACUAAGAAGAAGGAAGCAGUUAAGAAAAUAUGCAGUUGGCAGUAUGCUAACUGCAUUGAACUCUGGGUUGCAUUUAUAUCAGUUAAUGUACGUGAUUAUGAUCUUCAGCCAUUGCUUUAUAUGAUCAUUCAGAUCAUAAAUGGAGUAGCUGUUCUGUUCCCAGGGCCAAGAUAUUUGCCUUUAAGAGUUAAAUGUGUUCAAUGGCUUAAUCAUCUUUCCAGUUUUAGUGGUGUUUUUACCCCCGUCUCAUCAUUGGCAAUGGAUGUUUUGGAAUAUAAAAUUGGCAAGGUGGGUAGCAAGCCAGGGAAGGACUUCAACUUUUCAUCUGCCAUAAAGUUGCCAAAACAUUGGCUAAAAUCACGAAACUUUCAAGAAGAAUGUGUUUUUUCUGCCAUUGAACUGCUGGCAAUGCACUUUGCCCAGUGGAGCUAUCAUAUAUCCUUUCCAGAACUGGCAACCAUUCCGAUUAUUCGUUUGAGGAAAUUCCAUGCGACGACUACCAGUGAGAGUUCCCGACGUUUGGUGAAGCGUUUUAUUGAUCAGGUGGAGCAGAACAUUGAGUUUGUGCGGAAGAAGAGAGAUGAUGUUGCUUUUUCACCAAGAGAUCAGCAAUCUGUUGAAUCAUUUCUGCAGCUUGAAAAGGGCAGUGGCAAUGUCCCAUUUACACAAUAUUACAGAAGUGUCAUAGAGAAGGCGGCUUCUAGGAAUCUGCUUACUAAUAAAAAUACAAGUUACCUGGAACAGAAGAAAUCAAAAAGAAAGAGGCAACGCAUGAACAAUAAUGUAGUUGGGACUGCGAAUGGGGAAGUGGAUUCACAUUAAGGGGAAGUAUAUUAUGUGAGAUGGAACUGGGGGAAGCAUAAGAAGAAAUUCCAGAGAAUUGCUUUCCUGUCCCCUCGUUUGAUGAUUUGUAAUGAUUAGAGAAUCCUCUGCUUUUUUGUCUUGGAGGGGAAGUGGGUGGGUGAGGAUAUAUUGUUCCUAACAGAAAAAUAUACCCUAAGGCUUCAUGAAAUUCUAGACUUGAAACAGAGAUUCAAUGAGCACUGUUGUUCAGAUAUGCAGGACUCUAGCUGAAAAUCUAUUUGCCACAUUGUAAUGGUAAAAUCAAAGUUUUGAUCUAUUAAUGGUUCCGGUGUACUCGUCGAGUAUUCAACCAAGUAAAAAAUGAGACUGAAAUUCUUGCUGAUAUAA